CCAAGAUGGCGGAUAGGACCACUGAAUGGUACACAUCACCGCGGCUCCCAGCGAACUAACCGCACGGUCUCUUAUAACUUACUACAUUCGUUUUUACCCUAACUAAUGAGACAGGCCGUAGAAAGCUGCAGCAGACGGUUUGACGCGGACUCCAUGGUUAGCCGGUGCGAGGGGCCGGACUCGAUGUCGGCCUGAAGAGGUUGUCUUCAUCGAGUAUGGCCACCGAGAACAGGAUCAAUUUCUGGAGGAGAAACGCAAAGGUCCCUGGAAGCGUUCAGCCGGUAUAUGGAGCUCAGCAUCCCCCGCUUGACCCUCGGCUGCGACGCACGUAUCCCAAAGACACAAAGCUCAAGACCAACAAUGUCAAGUCGAAGAAGGCUUCCAGCUUCCAUGAAUUUGCCCGCAGUACCAACGAUGCCUGGGACAUCGAGGACGAAGAGGACGAGGAUUUCCUCGGCAACCCUGCUUCCUCCACAUCUCUGCCUUCUGGCCUUCAUUCCGCAUCAAUUGUAUCAACUUACAACCAGCACAACUCAGAGGACCUGGUCCCAGCCAGACGGGAUAUUCCGACUACAGAAGGUGACAUCCUCCAGGAGGUGCAGGAGGAGGAGGAGUGCAGAUAUGUCAACGGAAAGGUGGUCAAGUCCAGCAGUGAGGUCCACCUCAGCACAUGCUCAGUUAGGACCACACUCCAGAAGCAGCAGUCGCUCCCAGUGCGGCCCGUUAUCCCACUGGUGGCUCGCAUCUCAGACCAGAAUGCAUCUGGAGCGCCGCCCAUGACUGUGCGGGAAAAGAGCCGGCUGGACAAGUUCAAGCAGCUGCUGGCUAGUCCCAACACAGACCUCGAGGAACUACGGAAGCACAGCUGGUCCGGGAUACCGAGAGAAGUCCGGCCCAUCACAUGGAGACUUCUCUCUGGCUACCUGCCAGCCAACAAGGAGCGGAGAGAGCUGGUGCUGAAGAGGAAGCGGGAGGAGUACUUCGGCUUUAUCGAGCAGUAUUAUCACUCCAGAACCGACGAGCAUUACAAAGACACGUACAGACAGAUUCACAUCGACAUUCCGAGGACCAACCCUCUGAUUCCACUGUUCCAGCAGCCUGUGGUUCAAGAGGUGUUCGAGCGCAUCCUCUUCAUCUGGGCCAUUCGGCACCCUGCCAGCGGCUAUGUCCAGGGGAUCAAUGAUCUGGUCACACCAUUCUUUGUUGUCUUCCUGUCCGAGUUUGUGGCGGAGGACAUGGAGAACUUUGAAGUGGCAGCUCUGCCUCUGGACACGCAGAGGAACAUAGAGGCCGACAGCUUCUGGUGUAUGAGCAAAUUGCUGGAUGGAAUCCAGGAUAAUUACACAUUUGCCCAGCCGGGGAUCCAGAACAAGGUGAAAGCUUUGGAGGAGCUUGUCAGUAGAAUUGACGAGGACAUUCACAAUCAUUUCAAAAAGUACGAAGUGGAGUACCUGCAGUUUGCGUUCCGCUGGAUGAACAAUCUGCUGAUGAGGGAGCUGCCGCUGCGUUGCACAAUUCGGCUAUGGGACACAUACCAGGCUGAAGCCGAGGGUUUCUCUCAGUUCCACCUGUACGUCUGUGCCGCUUUUCUCCUCGAGUGGCGGAAAGAGAUUCUCUCCAUGGUCGAUUUUCAGGGACUGCUGAUGCUGCUGCAGAACCUUCCCACCAUCCACUGGGGAAAUGAGGAAGUCAACCUCCUCCUGGCUGAAGCGUACAGACUGAAGUACACGUUUGCUGAUGCUCCCAGUCACUACAAGAGAUAAACCAGAGAAGCCGCUUCUCACCCCAGCUAGCUGGGCGGUAAGCUGGAUGAACUGCUCUCGUGCAGCUCCAGUCAGGAGCAUUGGAGUUCAGCGCUCGCUUUGGCGUUAGCUGGGUGUUCUGCAGCUACAGACUGUAACAGUAUAAACUGCGUUACUAGAGAUCGUGUUCUUGAACAUGCAAUAUUGAUUGUUUCUACAGUUUAAUGUAAGUCUUAACAGGAUGAUGAAUGUUUGUGAGAUCAUCCUGGAAUUCAUCCAUCUUAUUUGUAGAUUUUAUGUUCUUUACAAGGGAAGAAUCUUCGAACACAGCAGGAAGCUGCCGUGGAACAGCUGAAACCUGGAUGUAGUGUGACACUGGCUUGCUUUGUUCUCCUCAAAUCUAAUCUUGUAGAUUCAAGAGAGGAACUCUGCAGGGGGGAAAUUAAAUCUGCAAUGUACAAUCAACUAUUUAAAGCUUCUCCUUUUCAGAUGAGAACUGCAUGAGCUGUUAAUGAGGGAUAUAUUUCCUGGGGAAGAGGGAAAAGCUCUUGGGGGAGGGAGUGGGGGACAAAUCGCAUUUCAACUUGAUGACAAGUUAAACGAAAUUCAUGAAGUGUUUUGUUGCAAUGUUUGUGCCUCUUACUGGAGUCCAUUUUCACCCAGUGGCGUACGCUGUAGGUAGAUGAACCACAACCAGAACACUCAGUCUGGAGACUUAAAAGUGCCGGAAACAUGGUGGUGAUGGUUUUCUGCAUGACUCAAAGUCAGGACAUUUCCAGUGUUCAAAGUGGAACAUGGUUUACUAGUACAGUGUAGACUCUUUAACAUUGUUGCUGUAAUGUAGACCAGGCAGUACAUGCCCAGUGGAUCUCCUGUUGUCUUUUAAAUUGACUUCAUCUAAAGGUUGCAGAGUUGCACUGUUUAGUUUCCCAAACUGGCUCUGUAUCGCUGACUGCUGGUGGCUUCGCUUCAGCUUUCCUGUCCUCUGCAGGUUGACGCAUGAAACUCAUCAUCGUUCUGACUUGACCUGGUGACAAAGAACAGUGACACUAAGGCAAUAAUCAAUAUGCUAUUGUAUAUUUUGAGUAUGUGAAUGGUAGCACUGUGAUGUAUUUAUUGUCCAUGUGUACUUGAGAGGGAGGAAGAUGAAGUGGAGUCUCUCUGAACUUCUGGACAGAGUCCAUACAGCCAUUUAUUUUACGCACUCAUAAUACUGAUCUUAAUAUCGGUGGUCACUUUUUUUUAACUGUCACACACGUUGCCAAGCAAGUUUCCAUCUUCCAUCGUCCUAGAAAAGGGUCCACUGACAUUAGUGUCAGAGCCAUAUUGUCAAGGAAAUGAGGAUCAUCCAGGUCUCAUGUAGCAGCACGUCCUUCAAACUGAAUCUUUUUUAGGUCUUCGUAGAGUCAUCUAGAAAGAUCUUGUCAAUUCACUGUCACGUUCUUUAAUUUUAUCACAGGUUUUUAUCGGCAUGGAAAAGUUUAAUAAGCACAUGUUAAAAUGUCUGAGCAGGUUUCAUGUAGAUGUGGCUGCUGCCUUCAUGAUUUGCACCCUGACGCUGUACAAUAUAUGAAUAUUUAUAUUGUACAGCGUCAAUACACAUUUGAAGCACACAUUAAUUAGAAAUCAAACUUGUUCAUUCAAAAUUAUGCAGAAUUUAGGCAUAUUUUUUUAUCACUACUCUUCAUAAAGCUUUAAGUUUCAAACACCUGACUGUCAAGUUUGUUUGUGUUACGAUGAUCAUUCACAAGACGUGAUCUGGAAUAUAAUCGGGUACAUGAAUUGACAUAUAAAUCUUUCGUCCAAUAUGGAGCUUGUUUCUACGUAGAUUAUUUUUAAAAAAUGACCUAAGCCAGUUGUACAUCUCUGAGGGAGUUGCCAAGUGUUACACUGAUCUGUAUUCAGCAAUGAUGGAAAUUUUAAUUCCAAAUGGUUGCAGGACCUAAGUUGGUGUUAAGACUUGUCAGUCCUCAAAUAUUUCUCUGCUUUCAUCUGGUGGUGUAUUUCAUUCUCAGCUGAAUUUGCAGGGUCUGACUAUCAAUUGAUUUUGUGUUGUCAUUUUUAUGUGUAUGUAUAUGUGAACCCCCAACGCUAGGGGUUGAUGAAGGUAUUGCUGACGUACUACUGAUGUUACAUAAAUGUGAAAAUGCUUUGUUCUAUUUUGUUGAGUCAGUUUCAUCCUCCAGUUUGAAAUGUGUGACCGUAUGCCUUUCAGUCUUCAAGUGUGUAAUUGGCCUCUUCAUCCAGGUGCUCCAACAGAUGAUUGUGUCAGCACAGACUUGAAUAUUUUCCCCUCAUGCCUCCAUUUGCUUUCCUUCACUCCAGGCUGAUGUUUGUACAUUGGAAGUGUUGAGGCCAAAUCGGGCUGAUCACAAUCACUUCUUUUUAGUUCCAUCAGCCUUAAAGAGAGAACGACCUAAUGGAGUAUCUGCUGGACAUUAUUUUUUUAAUUUAUAAUAAACUAUUCCUUAUUCUGUCUGUGUGUGUUUUGUU